AUGGCGGCAGACCGACCCAGCGUGGAGCUCAACAACAUGGCCGAGGGCGAGGGCGAGGUGGAGCGCCAAGUCAGCGACGAAGCCCUCUGCUGGAUCUGCAGAGACCCGGACAGGGCCGAGCCCUUGGUGGCACCGUGCCGCUGCCGUGGGAGCAUGCGCGGAGUGCAUGCGAGCUGCAUCGAGUCCUGGGUUGCUGCGAGACAAGAGCAGAGGAUGCGCUCGGAGAUGCAGGGUGGUAACAGUGCUCAGCCCAGAAUCUGCUGCGAUCUGUGUGGCGAGCCUUACCAGGCAGAGCACCAGCCAGCCAAUCUUUGCGAAUGUCUGCGGGCCCACUGCCGCAGCUGUGUAGAAGAGAUGCGAGACUCCAGGCUGAGUGCCCGGCAGGUGCUGCUUGCGAUAUUCAUCAGCACCUGGCUGCUUUUCGUUCUUUUGGCCAGUGCCGCGUUAGUAGCCGGCUUUCUAAUGCAGGCAUGCCGAAAGAGUUCCUGCUGGAUGGCAAGUACUGCGCUGGCACUCUGCCUGUUGACCUUGCUGCUCGAGAUGGUGGUCGUCUUGGUAUCCUUCCCCUACUCGGGGACUCCUCCCAGCUGCACGGUUCUACGGCCUUUCCACAUUUCGGCGACCGACCCCGACACGAAGGCCGUCGUGUUCCUCCUGUGGCUUCAUUUGUGGAUGGCACCUCUCACCUCCGCGCUCUGUGGCUGCCUUCUGCGCGCGGCCUCCGUUGGUCCCAGCGCAGCGCCUGUCGCCUGGUGGCUUCUGGGGAUUUUGGUGCUGCCACCACUGAUGCCUCACUUGAAGCAUUCCUGCAUUGCCUUGCGUGGCUUCUCCUGGCAGCAGAUGGCUAGCAGUUGUGCCACCUUCGUGCAGGAGCUGCGACGCAUGGGCAGGGCUUGCUGUUCCAGCAGAAGUCUCGAGCGCACCUGCAGCUUCCUGCGGCUGGUUUCGAGCCCCUCUUUGCCGUGGCUGCACGUUUGGCUGGCCUUCCCUUUCGGCAUCGCCUGGUUCUUCUCGGCGCCGGCCAGGCUGCGCUACUGGGUACUGGGCCUGAGCGGUGGCAUUGGAUGCGCUGCCUCUGCCUUUGCCUUGCUGCAGCUCUGCUUAAAGGGCCCUCAGCACGACGACUAUCUCUGUCCCUACGAGGCCUCAGUUCGAAUGCAUGCGGGCUGGUUCCUUUCCCUUGUCAUGCUGCUCUAUGCUGCUUUCAGUGUUUUCGCAGAAUGGCAUUUCCUACCGCACCCAAAGCGAGACCCGGUGAGAGCCAACGUUGCUGUCUUCGUGGUCUGGUGCGUGUGGAUGUCACUGGUGACAAGCUUGGCCCUGUAUGUGGGCCAACUGCUUCAUGCUGUUGGGGUACAGCCAUACUUGGCGCAGACAGCAUGGUCGCGUGCGGAUCGCUGGAGAAGCUCUGGUACUGUUGGGUCGGCAGACGACUUUGGCUUGUGCAGGCCGUGUGGUCGUGAGGAACUUUGUCGAGAGGCGUUCUGGGCUGACAACUCUCGCGGUCUGGGGCCCCUGGUACCUGCCUCUGCAUCGGGCUGGAACUCUGCGCUGCUCAAGGGCGCCUGCGAAGGAGAUCCCGUCCUCGUGAGAGAGGCGCUCGAUGCCGGGGCGGCAACCGAGAUAAGGGCGGUGUCAAGCAGCGCCGUAAAGCGCGGCAUUGCGGAAAAUUGCCUGGGUCUGACGGCCUUGAUGCAUGCUGCAAAAGGAGGCCACCUGACUUGCGUCAUGGCAUUGCUAGAUUCGCGUGCCGCGCUGGAUGCUGAAGACGAGGACGGUGCAACUCCACUUCACUACGCUGCCAUAUCCGGCGACCUCGAUGUCUUCAAGGCCCUGAUCCUGGCCGGUGCGGAUGCGUCACUGAAAGACGCAGAACAGAGAACCGCUCUGGAUUAUCUCCCGCAGCACAUAAAGAAGGACCCUGACCUUUUGAAAAGUUGGAGGGCUGUUCUUCGAAACGAGCUCCCUUACGGCGUCUGA